AUGGCGUCGAUAUCGAGCGAAACAAUUUGGUCUUCUAUGAUCAAUGCGCGUCAACUUUCUAUAACUUACUAUACACUUUCAACGUGCUUAACAGAUCUCUUACAUCGUUAUGUUGAAAUUUCACAAACCAACAAAAUCUCAUCAUCAUUAUUUCAUAACCUUGACCAAACAUUAUUUUCUUCUGUAACACCAUCCAAUCAAUCCAAACUUUCGGAUGAAUACUCCAAUAUACUAGUGAAUAUAUUAAAAAAAAAUACUAUACAUACGAACAUCAUACAAAAUGUUCGCCGUCUUUUUCGUUUCGAUUCCUGUCUUAAAGAAUUAUUUACUACUGAACUUAACGAAUAUUGUCUAUGUCACGAAUGUGAUUGUACCAUAUCGAAUAGUAUAACUGAUGUGAUACAUGAUGUUGGUGAAAUUCGAACAACAUUAUUAACUGAAUCUGGUCAAACUUCAUGUACAUGUUUUCGAUGUGGAGAUCAAAAUCAAACAAAAAUUAUCACAUUUAAACAAUUCAGUCCUUGUCUAGCAUUGACAGUCAAUCGGUUGAAUAUUAAUGCAACUGAACAAUUACUAACUGCACAAGGUAUCACAUAUGAAUUGAGUUAUAUUAUUGAAUUCGAUUCAGCAUCACGAUCAAUUACUAAUGUAUAUUUACGCCAAGAUUCGGAAUUUAUUAAAGUCGACGGACAAGAUAUCUCAAGUCGAUCGGUAACUAUUAAUGGUGACGGAAAAUUUCUUACACUUUGGUUGAGUCGUCCAACAUCAACAUCAGCUACAGUGACUUCAACAUCUGAAUUAAUCACCAGUGUUCCACAUAAUGAUACAUUCCUAUCACCACCACAAUCUGCAGCAUCAUCGUCACAAAUCAUCGUCAACAAUGAAGUGACAAUUUCAAAUGAAAUUCAGGAUACAACUGAUUUAAUUGAUGUUCCAAUGGAAUCAAAUACGACAGUUAUCAGUCCUGAUGAAGACGAUGAGCAGUUUUGGAAUUCACUGAUUGACCAAACCACACCAGCCAAUAGUGAAAACAUGUCAACAACGCAUAACGAUUCUAUUAGUGAUGUCUAUUUAACAUUACUUCAUUCAACACAUAAAGAUCCAACUUCAAUUAAAUCUCGAGCUGAACAUGAUCGUACUGUGAGUUCGCUUGCGACAGAUAUUUUUUGGCCAUUAAUUGUUGAUCAAACAAGUCGACGUAAUGAAAAAAACACUUCAUCAUCGUCCACAACGCAAUCGAUAUCAUCAAAUUCAUCGAGAACGAGUUCAACAAUUCAAAGAAAUUCGUCGUUGAAACAAACAUCAUCUGCGAGAACUCGAAGGAUACAUCCGUAUUCGAAAUCAUAA